AUGUCGAUGAAAACACACCGGUGGAUCAAUCCUCACCAAAUUCUAUCAUCACUAACCAUUUUCUUUGUCAUUACCAUCUUUGUAUAUCCCAUCAACAGCUUGGAAUCAAGGAGGCUUGAUGACAGCACUGUUCCAGGUGAUCAAGGCGUCAAGUGUACCCCAUCAUGUAUACAAAGUCCUCCACCACCCUCACUGCCGCCACCAUGCCCUCCACCACCAUCACCCCCAGCACUGCCUCCACCUAGACCGAAAAAGCCGCCAACCCAAUACUGUCCACCACCACCAAUACUGCCUAGUCCAUCAUCCUUUAUAUACAUACCCGAUUCACCAGGGAAUGUGUACUCAAUUGACCAAAAUUUUGGCGGUGCAAACCGGAAUGUCGCUGUGGGGUUAUUGGGUCUGAAAGUUUUAGGACCUGCAGUAGUUAUUGCACUUGCUGUUUCAUGA